AUGCCUUUAAAUGAUGAGCGGCCUAACUCCACAUCCAGCGGUGAGGACCAAGGCAGUGAUGUGGAGUCAUCGUCAGAGCGCUGCGACAGCAUGACAUUGAACAGCGACCUGGAGUGCUCACGUGAUAGCUUCACCAGUGACUCCUCCAGCAAGCAUUGUAGCCCAUCCUCAAGCCCACCCAAAACCCUAACACUGGACGAAGUCAUGGAGUCUGCAAGAGACCUUUUCAAUCUCAGCCUCUCCCAUGAGAUUGUUAUGAACCGCAAUUUCCACCUGGAGCCAAAUAGCCUACCUCAGGACAGUUUAUUAAAGGCAGUGAGAGAUAAUCUUCACAAGGCCUUCUGGGAUAUCCUGGAGGCUGAGCUGAAUGACGACCCUCCUGAAUAUGGACAAGCCAUCAGAUUAGUGGAGGAGAUCAGAGAGAUCUUAUUGUCAUUCCUUAAUCCGGGUGCCAAUCGGAUGCGGACCCAGAUCAUGGAGGUGCUGGACAUGGACCUGAUUCGUCAGCAGGCUGACAACGAUGCUCUAGACAUCCAGGGACUUGCCUCUUACAUUAUCACAACCAUGGGCAAGAUGUGUGCACCCGUGAGGGAUGAGGAAAUCAAGAAGCUACGAGAGGGCACAGAUAACAUAGUGACGCUUUUUAAGGAAAUAUUCCGUGUGCUGAGCCUGAUGAGAGCGGACAUGGUCAACUGUACAAUUGAAAACCUGAGACCUGUGCUGCAGAGGCAAAGUGUCGAAUACGAGAGGGCAAAGUUUCAGAGCAUCCUGGACAAAACACCCAGUGCUUUAGACCGCACUACCUCCUGGAUCAAGUCUGCACUGGAGGAGCUGCAGUCAUCCAUCGCCCCUACAAAACAGACUAAUGGUCCUGGAAAAGGACAACCAGUGGUGCCUGGGCCAUUUCAAGUUCUCAACGCUGCCUUCAUUCGCAUCCUCACAUGGGACUACUCCAAGAGCCCACCGCCUGAGACGUGGAUGACAGAUGAGAUCCGUCUCCAAGAGAUUCAGUGGCAGCUUCAGCAAUGUCAGGCUGUGAAUGAGGUGCUGCUCAUUGUCUACAGCACAAUUGGGGGGCCUAUCCAGGGUCUACCAUCCUUGUCUGACCGCCUGAAGAGGAUGAUCAGUGUGCUGCUGGAUGGGAUGCACAGAUCGGACUUUAACCUAGAAGAGUCACUAGAGGGCAUCAGUGCUCAGAUCUGCUGUGAGCUUAAGAAGUCUUUAACAGAGAGGAGCUACCCUGCACUGACCCCAGCGCUGCAGGGCACCCUCACAGGCCAGAUUUGCAACAUUACCCAAAAGGAUAAUCCCAUCCGAACCCUAGUUGAGGACCGUGUGCAGCAGUACUUCAUGGCACUCAUUUCUGACCCAAAACCUCAGUCCAAAAUUGAACAAGUACCAGCUGGUUUGACUGCUAUCAAGCCUGAACUAGCAAUAAUUGGGGCAAAGUUCAUCUCCCUGGUCAACUACAACAAGACAGUCUAUGGACCUUUCUAUGCUGACAUCCUGAGGAAGCUGAUGUUCAGCAACAGCCAACCAGCAGCAAACCCUCCUCAGAACACAGCUCAGGACUCUGUCACCCACAAUUAAAAUGAAAAUAUCAUGCAGUUGAAGAAGACUGUUUUUCUACUAGACAUAGGUAAAGCAAAGGAAGUGGGGAGUAUCUGUGUCGACUACAAUGUAUUUGAGCAGUAACAAGCUGGUUGUUAAUACACAAAGAAAACAAGAAAAAGUCAAAGCUAUAGGAGGAGGAAGAGAAAGAUUUUCAGUAAUGGGAUGUCAAUGCAUGGAGUGAAAGAAAAAAAGAGAAGAGGAAAGUGGGUCAUUGUGUCAUGCAGGUUCUGCAGCUGUGGUUUUGUCAUUACAUUUGGCAGUAAAAGCACAGCAGUGUAUUUAUCACAUGCUCAGCUUUAAAUGUGACUCCUUACUUUGCGAAAAUGCUCAAACAUAUUUUUCAGCAAUAUUUGGACAGUAACACAGUCGUUAUAAUUUUACCUCAGUACCCAAUCAGUUUAAUUUUAUUUUCAUUAUUUGAUUUUUUAAAAAGUACUGACCUAAGCUGAGCUUUUAUUCAAUGGCAUAAAAAAAAAUAUAGUGUUACUAUAUUACAUAGCCAUAUACUUAACAAUUAAUCCAGCUGCUUAUGUCCUUGGUCACUAAAGCAAUAAACACUAGUGACCCAGUGCCAUUGGACUGCCUCCACCAUGUUUUACGGAUAUAAUAAACUUUGGAAAAUGAGUUGUUCCAAACGUUGUCCACAGGUUGACUUCAGGUUCAGCUGUCCAAAAAAUACUUAUUAUAUGUAUUACCAAGCUAAAUUCCUGAACCCUUUCUGCAGUUUAGACGUAAAAGUUCCGUAAAUCCUCACUUGAAGCCCAGUAAACAGCAAAAAUAACAAAUACCUUGUCAGCGCUUCCCUGUGAACAUUUAGGACUUCAAACCAGAAAACCAGUAUUAGCUACAAUAAUCCAUUUCUGUACCUAAUGUUGACACCCCCCAUUUUAUCAUUGUGUCUGUAGUCAAACUCCUUGAAUUUUGGAGGCAGUAUAUAAGAACAGAAGGGCAUUUUAAUAUGUAUAAUGCAUACAGCAAGCUUUAUAAAACAUAGAUGGAGAGAUUUAUAUAGAAAAGUAGCAGAGUAGAAUUUCAGAUUCUUUACAUAUAAUGUUAUCACCGUUAAGUACUAAGGUAACAAUAUAACUGUUAACUACAGAAAAACUGACAAUAAGAAGUGCCACACUUGAAGAUAAUGCAAAACAAGAGCCCUUUUCCUUGGAUUUAUUAGUUUAGUUGUUGUCUCUUACCUUUUUAUCAGCCAGAAAAUGAAACUGUUUGUAUCAUUUUUAAUCCACACUUAGCUUUGACCUCUGAAAGAAAAUAAUGUCAGUUGUCUGCAUGAGUUUCUUUGUGUUGGUAUUUGUGCAUUUUAGUUGUUGCUUGAGUAAUUUGUUGGGGUAUUUGUUGCUUGUUGUAUGUUCUGUAAUUUUAUUUGUUAGCUGCCAGUGGAAUAUUAGUUAUGUUGAUUGGUUAUAUUGUUAUUUGCUUGUUACAUUUUAACGUGCUGUUUUGUUUACAGUACAUUUGCGCUGGAUGUAAGAACACAAUUGUGAGAUGAAAGGUGCUGAACACAGAAAUGAAUUUUGUCUCGAAAAGUUUCCAGCGGACAUUUGUAUGCAGAAAGAAAAACAUAUGUAGUUUUACAUCAGUUUACAUAAGAACAUGGAGAGUUUUGUUUCCCUCUGUAACAAUGUUAAUAUAAUAAAACAACAAAAUUGA